AUGGCAAAAGAAUACGAAAUGAGUCGAGGAUCGAUGAGAACUAUUGUCAAGGACAAGCUGAAGAUGAUUCCCUACCGUAUGCAGAAAGGAGCCUUCCUCAAUCAAAAAAACAAGACAUUGCGGAUGGAAAAGGCUCGAAAGCUGCUCGCUGGCACGCAAGAUGGCUCGCAUCUGACGACGCUAUUUACCGACGAGAAAAUCUUCACUGUGGAGACGAACAAGAACGGCCAAAAGCAUCGGAUCAUCGCUACUGACUAUCAGAGUGCCUGUGAAAAAGGAAAAAUUCUGAAUAAAACUUCGCAUCCGGCUUCCGUGAUGGUUUUUGCCGGAAUUACCGCUGACGGCAAAACUCCGCUGAUUUUUGUGGAUCCUGGAGUCAAAGUGAACCAAGUAUACUACAGGGAGUAGAUUUUAAAGUUGAGGGUGUUGCCCUGGGCCAAUUCUCACUACGGAAACCGACCAUGGACCUUCCAGCAAGACGGCGCCCCCGCUCAUCGUGCCAAAGGGACUCAAGAGUGGUAUCGCGCCAAUUUUCCAAGUUCAUCUCGGCUGCUGAUUGGCCUGCUUCCUCGCCCGACCUCAACCCGAUGGACUAUGCCGUGUGGAUAUAUCUGACCGAGAAGAUCUCUUCUAAGAACUACACAUGUAUCAAAGCCCUGAAGACCGCGCUCAUCAAGAAAUGGGACGAAAUCGACGACGACUACCUUCGUGCCGUGAUCGAUGCGUAUCCGAAGAGACUGAAGGCCGUUAUCAAAGCUAAAGGAGGACGUUUUGAAAACUAUUCUUGA